GGGAAUUCCUUGAAAAGAAAAGCAAAAACUUAUGUUCUAAUUUAACGUUAGAAAAAAUAAAACAUCAAAGUCAAGACUAUUAAGUGCAGGAAAAGUAGAAGCUUCCGCUUGUUAGAUUCGAGGAUCGUGCUUUGCUCAUUGCUGGGGCCUUACCAGAUUUCAUUUCAGUUCAGCCAUUUGUUUGACUGUGUUUCUUUCUUUCUUUUUUCCUUUAAAUUUUCACAAUUAAAUAAAUAUCUGCACUUGUCAGUAGAACAGAGCAAACACUGGAAAAACAGCUGUUUUACUUCCAUUUCAUUGAUUUCCACGAGGCAAAGGGAAAAAAAAUAUAUAUAUAUAUAAGAAAACUAACCAGAGAUCAGCUUAAGGCUUCAGCUUCCAUUUCUCCUUUUCUGGGUUUGCUUCAUCUUCAGCUUCAGCUUCAGCUUCUGCAAAAUAUAUUUAAUGGCUGAGUAUAUCUGUUUAUUUAGCAAGGAUACACUCAUUAUAAAGCCUCCUAAGAAGUCUUCAUUGUUUCAAAGAACAAUAGCUUUAUGGUUCGCAAUGUUGUGUGGUUUUUAUCUCUAUGGAACUUGCUUAAAACAUGUCGGUACUUUCACUAUGCUCAAAUUUCAGAACAUCCAACUCAUUCAGAAGCCAUCUUUAGAAGCUCAAAUUCCUACAUUGCAUUAUCCAAAGCCUGAAAGUUUCAGUAGGGGUGAAUGCGCUUUGAAUCCGGUACGGUUUUUCGCUAUAAUAUCGAUGCAAAGAUCUGGAAGUGGAUGGUUUGAGACUUUACUAAAUAGCCAUAUCAAUGUAAGCUCAAAUGGUGAGAUCUUUUCUGUAAUUGAUAGGAGGAACAAUGUAUCGAAUAUUAUACAGACUUUGGAGAGAGUUUACAAUUUAGAUUGGUUCACUAGUGCUUCCAAGAAUGAGUGCUCGGCCGCAGUUGGCUUAAAGUGGAUGCUGAAUCAGGGAUUGAUGGAGCACCAUCGAGAAAUAGUAGAAUACUUUAAUCAUCGGGGUAUUUCUGCCAUAUUUCUCUUCCGAAGAAAUUUGCUUCGAAGGAUGGUUUCUAUACUUGCGAAUUCAUAUGAUCGCAAAGCUAAGCUAUUAAAUGGAACCCACAAGUCUCAUGUUCAUUCGGAGCAAGAGGCUGCUGCGCUUUCGAGUUACAAGCCAAUUAUCAAUUCUACAUCACUAAUAAGUGAUCUGAAAGAAGUAGAGAUGAUCACUGCUAGGGCUUUAGAGAACUUCAAUAGCACCCGUCACAUGGUUUUGUACUAUGAGGAUCUUGUCACCAACCAAACGAAACUAAAAGAUGUUCAAGAGUUUCUAGGCCUUCCACUGAUGGAAUUAACUAGUCGCCAGGUUAAAAUACACAAAGGUUCGUUAUGCGAUUUUGUGAGCAACUGGGAUGAUGUUAACAAGACACUAAACGGGACCGAAUACGAGAGGUUCCUCCAUGCCGACUAUGAAGAAUGUCACUAACAAAAAGAAUGGCGUGGUCGUCAGGUUUGGCUUAAUUUAUUACUGAAACUGACCAUAAUUCGCCCAGUUUGCAAUUUUGGCUGUCAUGAAGGCCGGCAACAAUCAGGUACUCACUAUCGUGAAGCCCUCGACCAUUUCAUUUCUCUUGAUUUGUAUCUUAUAGAUCAUAGAUAGACAGUUUGUAUAUUUGAGCUAAUGAAAAUUCGGAUGAACCAAUUCCUCAUCCUCAGUGGCUUUAUCCCUUUAUGUCCAUCAGGCCUUUUUUCCCCCACAAUAUGUGUAUUCAUGUCAUAAUUGUGUUACAUAUUUAUACAAGUUUUGAGGUUUUAUAAUCA